CCCCCCAGGUUCCUUCAGCCCAGCCCGGUCCAGCCCGGUUCCCGGGAGGAUGAAGUUCGUGUACAAAGAAGAGCAUCCGUUCGAGAAGCGCCGCUCUGAGGGGGAGAAAAUCCGAAAGAAAUACCCGGACCGGGUGCCGGUGAUAGUAGAAAAGGCUCCCAAAGCUCGGAUAGGACACCUGGACAAAAAGAAAUACCUGGUGCCUUCUGAUCUCACAGUUGGUCAGUUCUACUUCUUGAUCCGGAAGCGAAUUCAUCUCCGAGCUGAGGAUGCCUUGUUUUUCAUUGUCAACAAUGUCAUUCCACCCACCAGUGCCACAGUGGGUCAGCUCUACCAGGAACACCAUGAAGAAGACUUCUUUCUCUACAUUGCCUACAGUGACGAAAGUGUCUACGGUCUGUGAAGCUGCUGUCCCUGAGCUGGAGGGGGGUCUCAUUCUACAAGGAGAGAGGUGGCCCCCUUUUCUUGACCUCCUCCUCCUUCAAGCUCAAACACCACCUCCCUUAUUCAGGAUGGGCACCUCUUAAUGUUUGAAGUUUUCUCUCCAGCCUCUCUUCGGAGGGGUAAUGGUGGAGUUGGCAUCUUGUACUUCUCCUUUCUCCUUUCUUCCCCUUUCUCUGCCUGCCUUUCCCAUCCUGCUUUAGACUUCUUGAUUGUCAGUCUCUGUCACAUCCAGUGAUUGUUUUGGUUUCUGUUCCCUUUCUGACUGCCCAAGGGGCUCAGAACCCCAGCAGUCCCUUCCUUUCACUACCUUCUUUUUUGGGGGUAGUUGGAAGGGACUGAAGUUGUGGGGGGAAAGGUAGGAGGCACAUCAAUAAAGAGGAAACCAUCAAGCUGAA